CACAAUGUAUUGUGCUCAGGAUAGUGUAGGUUACUAUGCCAUACCAGGGCGCCACAUAUUUGUAAAAUAUUUUAUUUUGCUAUAUUGGUCGGUUCCAAGUGUGUGUGAACUGCUCAGAGAGACACUCUGAUGGUGAACUUAGAGAAGAUCGAAGCUACACCUUUGCGUGCCAGAUUGCAUCUGCAAACCAUCAGCCGUGACGAGGUAACCUGUAGAUACUAUGGGUGAACGGAACAUCUUGGAGAUUUUGAAGAAGCGCCCAGUUCUCGGAGACGGAAGUUAUGUAGUGACUUUGGAGAGGCGAGGGUAUGUUACGGCAGGCCAUUGGACACCGGAAGCUGUGCUCGAUCACCCCGAAGCGGUUGCACAACUCCAUCGAGAGUUCCAGCGAGCCGGUGCGGACGUCCUGCAGGCGUUUACAUUCUACUCGGCUGACGGAAAACUACGUAGUCUUGGAAAGACAGUCACGACAGAGGCGUUGAAUCAGAAGGCGUGUGACAUCGUCUGGGACGUGGUGGGGCCCGGUAGUACCCUAGUUUGUGGCUCCAUUUCUCCCACUCCCAGUUUCCUUAAUGGUGAGCCUGAUGACGUAAUUAGAGGAGAGUUCAAGAAACAAUGUGACAUCCUGGUUAAAAACAAGGCAGAUUUCCUACUGGCAGAAUUCAUUGGUCACAUACGUGAAGCCGAGUUGGCGAUAGAGGUGAUGAAGACGUACAAUUUGCCCGUGGCAUGUACCCUGAAGAUAGGGCCCACGGGGGACUGGAAUGACAUAAGCGUGGGCGACUGUGCGGUCAGGAUGGCGCGAGCAGGUGCAGACAUUGUUGGUGUGAACUGUAACUUCGACCCUAACACGAGUAUCAAGACCCUGAAGCUAAUGAAGCAGAGGUUAGAUGAGGAGGGGAUGGACGUGUUUCUGAUGGCUCAACCUCUGGGAUUCCAUUUCCCGGAGAUGGAGAACGACAAGGAUGGCUAUAUAAAUCACCGGUCGUGUCCAUUUUCCCUUGAGCACCGCCUCAUCAGCCGCUGGGACGCCGCAAAGUUCGCCAGGGAAGCUUUUGAGCUUGGUGUUCGCUAUAUCGGGGGAUGCUGUGGGUUUGAACCAUACCAUAUACGACAAAUCGCUGAGGAGUUGGCCGCGGAGCGAGGGUUCUUAGCCCCAGGCGUUGAAUGUUGCCCCCCAAACUGUGAAGGCCUCAAGUUCAGUCAGUUCGACAGUAAUGUCAGCAGGGCAAGUAAUCAGUAUUGGAUGAAAUUAACAGAAGACUUGGCUAAGCAGAGAGAAGCCACUCUUGCGCCCAAGUGAAAAAAGCGUGUAUUAAAACGUAACAGAUCAUUGCCAAACAAUGAAAACAAUUCUUCAUUCUUCUGUUGGACAUUCGGACUGUGAGCUGUACCGAUGUUUAAACCAUAUGCAUUGUUUCAUGUAUGUUUAUUUUUGUUAUUUAGGCGUGUCUCUUUUAUAAAAUCAUGUGAAACUUUCAGAUAUAAAAUAGCAGAGAGCAGUCGUGAGAGUUUAAGCAGUUGUCUCUUGCGUUUUAUUUGUG